CAAAGGAGAUUGACCCUCCAUCAUCAAUUCAUCUUCUGAGGUACUACAAACUCUCUCUCUCCCGCAUGCGUGUGUGUGUGUGUGGUGCGCUUUAUCUAAUCUUGAAAUUCGUCGCCUUCUUAACUGAUUAAAGGAAAAAAAAAAAAGGAAAAAAGAUUACAAAUUGAAACUGGGAUUUUGGGGGUUUUGGUUUCAUAUGCUCGGAUUUGAUGAUGUGGGGUGGCGUUGUGGAGCACGUGCAAAACACAUGGCCUUUCUCCGCCUUGGUAUACAAUGACUUGAGGGCUUCCGACUCAAUCGUCAGACGAUUGCCGAUUCCCGAAUCCACAAAGCAUUUCGUCUACGCUAUUCGCGACCCCGAUUCCCACUCCGUAAUCUACGUUCUCUCCGUACAGAAUCUCUCCGAAAGGUCUGCUUCAGACGCCGAGUCUCUAAUCAGACAGAUUAAACCCGACGCAGUUAUUGUUCAAGUGGGACCCUUGAACAAUUCCGAUAUUGGCGGCGUCUCCUCGGGAUCUUCGAAAGGCGGGAGUGUUGACAAUGGUGGGGUUUUGAAUGAAGAUAGUGUGCCCACAUCUGUGUUUGAGGUGUUGAAGAACUGUUUCGUGCAUAAAAUCGGUCCGGAGAAGUACGAGGACGUUGCGGGGAGUUUGGUGUUGAGGGAAAUCUUCGGCGUGAGUUUCGACGGACAUUUUCUUGCGGCCAAGAAAGCCGCCGAGGAAGUGGGAUCCUCGUUCUUGAUGCUCGAAUCUCCCAUCGUGAAAUGCAGGACGGCGGUCGAGGACGAUGGCGGAUGCUGCGAUUCGAAUAGUUCGGGAAAUGGGUUCCGGAGCGCGUUUAAUUUGCAGCUAACCACCAGCUUUGUUCCUUCGAGAAUCGCGUAUUCGAGACCUUUCCAUGUUGAAGAUGGCGUUCAGUCGCAGAUGGUGAAGUUGUUGUCUCCGUAUUUAGUUCGUUCGAAUCCGUUUUCAAAGUCUAAAGGUGAAGAAGAAGAUCUUCGGCUACAAUACAAUUACGAUGCACCGCAGUUUGCUCGAUCCGUGUACCCUUUACUCGUCGACUUGCACAACAUAUUCGUCGACAUACCAUCUAUGGGAACUGCUCUAGCUUGUGCACAAAAAAUGCUAUCUGAUGUCAACAAAGGAGAAGUUAUCGGCAAUCGUCAUCUUACAGAAAUCUACUCCUUUCAAAUCGCAGUCGAGUUGUUAAGAAUCGCGUUCAACAAUGCCGGUCGGAUAACAAAGAACAACCCCGAUUCGGUACGACCCGAGUUUUCCGAUCUUCCAAUCGAGGAACAAUCGCAGGCGAUUCUUGCGCAAGCUCUUCGAAGCCAAACCAAGAAGUACAAAUCAAUAGUUGCUGUAGUUGAUGCUAGCGGAUUAGCUGGAUUAAGGAAACACUGGCAUACAAACGUUCCGCCCGAAGUCAAUGAUAUGUUUGACCACCUCGGAACGAAUUCCGAAGAAGGCGAAGUAUCGACACAUUCUACCAGAAAGCGUUUGUUACUAACUGAUAAGCCUGUGGUGGCUGUCGGGGCAGGUGCAACCGCCAUAGUCGGAGCCUCCGCCCUCUCUAAAGUCGUUCCGGCUUCAACUUUUAUCAAAGUUGCAACCUUUUACAUGCCCGCCUCGCUAAAGCUCAUGCUGGCUCAGACGCAAAAGGCGGUUCUUUUCGCAUUCGGCAAGACAGUGGGUGUGGGCCCCGCAAAGAUGGCGGCGAGUGGCAGCAAGGCGGUGGCGUCGGCGGAGAAGAUACGGGCGGUGGCACAGGGCGUGAUCUACUCAGCGGAAAAGACGAGCCUUUCUGCCAUGAGGUCCUCGUUUUACGAGAUUAUGAGGAAACGGAGGGUUAGGCCGGUUGGAGCUUUACCGUGGGUUACGUUUGGGUGUAGUAUUGCUACGUGCUCUGGUUUGCUUGUGUUUGAAGAUGGGAUCGAAUGUGCUGCGGAAUCUCUUCCUUCGGCUCCUUCGAUUGCGAGUUUGGGCCGUGGAGUUCGAAGUUUUUAUGAGGCGUCCCAGGUGGCGAGGCAAGCUGAGAGAUCGAGAAUACAGAAAUCAAUCGAGGCGCUCUUGCACAAAUGCAAGAACUUGAAAAUUCAGUAAGUAAAGAAACAGAGGUCGUAUCGUAUAUAAACUGAUCUCUUGUGCAUAUACUCUAAUUGUUGCUGCUAUGGAAGUCCAUGCUUGAUUUGAGGUAUUCUUUUUCUGUAAAUAGAACAUAUUCAAUGUUAUAGGAGGUAAAAAGAGGAUUCAUCGAUUACCUCGUGACUCGUUCGUUUUGUGCUCCGAUAUACGGCUCAAUAAGACGAAGAAAAAAAAAUGCAUUUUUUUCUCUGAA